AUGCAAAAACGGGAUCCAAAUCAGAGCGUUUCAUUCUCUGUUCUUGUUGAUGCAAAUGCUCUUGAGAAUAUUUGCGUCUAUUUGUGCAACGCGGACACGACGAGCUCAAGUCGUUACUUUGUCGGCAUGGUGGGCGAUUCACCAAAGUUUGGAAAUUGGAAUCCAAUAGAUGGUGUAAAGUGUCGCUUCGACGCCCAAAAAUCUGCAGGACGAGACAUUUGGUCUUGUGCUAUUCCUAAAUCGUCACUCCCGCCUGUACUGCAUUAUCGCUUCUUUGUUGCUGAAUGGCGAAUAGACAUUGAAAGUGAUCCCGUGGACAAAAGAAUGGUUGUUUUGGCUUGGGAAUCACGGUUAAACCCCCGCACAUUUGACCUGACAGCUUAUAAUAAAGGACAGCUCAACUUGGAAACCGUCAGAUUCGGAAAAUAUGACAACGGAACCUAUAUUCAACGUGGAUAUUUAAUGUAUCAUUCCGAACUGCGGAUUCGUCUUUCCGGGCUUGCUCUCAAGUUGUCAAAGAAUGCUGUUCCUGGGUUAUCAUCAUCGACGCGAGAUCUGACCAAGCUUGCGGGACGGCGUGUGUACGUAACUUGUCGACAGUCAAUUGUUGAGGAAAACGGUUUGUUAACGGCAUUAGAGGGAGAGCCACCGAUAUACCCCAACACAAAGAUAAGCGCCCAACAAAUUUCCAAGAGUUCCAGCCAUUUGAUCUACUCUCUUGAGCAGAGUUUGGCAACAGAGAUUCGAUCUCAGCUGACUGACUAUCCCGAAAAACCUGACGAUCCCCCAUGUGAGGGUACCAGCCCUCAUUUCUCGCAGCUUUCCGUACAACCCCAACCCGUUAGGAGUCUCCCCUAUAACAGUGCUUUCUCUGUUCCACCGUCACGACGUCCAGCCUUCUCUGCCUCUCCAUUCUCUAGCCACCCAUCAACUUGUCCAUCUACUCCUAGAUCAGUUUCCCCUGCCUUGAGCCAGACUGGCGAACCCCCCAUCUUUCUUUCUGUCCUCUCAAAAGGACGCUGUACUCGUCAUUUUGGCGAGCAUACUGGAUGCUGGGGCACACUUUAUUCAAGUGGCGAUGAUGUAACCUUUUACAUCGAAACCGAUAAUGCAGAAGACGUCGCCGUAGAGCUCGAAUUUUACGUGGAAGUUCUCCAGGAUUCAAAUGAUGGUUCAGGCGAAGAAACACAACUGCCGCCUGUCAAAUUUUUGGGCUCCGCGUUUUUCGGUCCCUUCUCGGGCUGCUCUGGGCAGAAGAGAGCUCAGCUUCUCAGCCGAAGGCGCACACCAAUGGGCGAUGUUAAGAUCUCUUUCAUGGUCAUAAACCCCAUCGUUGAUGGGCCUCCUCCAACUUUGGAUGUGAGUUACAAGCACUACUGGAAGAAACGGGGCGCCCUUGAAAUCGGUCAUCGUGGCAUGGGAACCUAUUAUUUGUCAAAGAAGGAAAAAAGUGUAGAACUGCAAGUCACCUGCCCAUGUGGCAAUGCAAGCCACCAAGCGCCUCGUCUCGGUGUGUCGAGGUCGCAGAUCGAGGAGACCGCGCUCGCGGAGGGCCGUCCUCUCAAACCCUGCCUCGUCCUCUUCGUCGUCGUCGUCGUCUGCCGGUUGUUGGCGAGUCGUGAACUUCACCACGGCGCGGACUUUGUGGAAAUGGAUGUUCAACUGACCAAAGACUUCCAGGUUGUCGUCUACCACGACUUUGAAACAGUCAUCACUCCACGGAAGAAACGCCGUGGCGAACUACAAAACCUAUCGGUUGCUGUGAAAGAUCUGCCCUAUGCUGCUCUUCGUGAACUUCGUCUUCAGCAUUCUAGCGUUCUCUCCGAGCCCCAGUCCUCUGAGGACAUGGACGGUGAAGAUUUGGACCCGGUCGAACUUCAGGACUUUCCCCUCCUGCGGGACUGCCUUCAGCACAUCGAUCCAGACGUCGGUUUCGACAUCGAGAUCAAGUACCCCAUGGAAUUAGUGAAGGGUGGCAGUGAAAUGGACAACUUCUUCGAGAGGAAUUUGUACGUGGAUACCAUCCUGCGUGAGAUCUUCAAGUACGCUGGCAAGCGACGCAUCCUCAUGUCCUGCUUCGACCCAGACACCUGCGCCAUGCUUCAAACAAAGCAACUUCGUUAUCCAGUCUUUCAACUAGGCAUCGCACCAGAGUAUACCGACAUUAGGCAACAGAGCUUCGAAACCCUCUGCUAUUCUGCCAAAGCCAACGAAUUAUUGGGUGUUGCGGUUAACAGUGAUGAGCUGCUGCGAAAUCCCGACAUGGCCGAAUUCGCGCGAGAGCUUGGAUUGAUUGUGUUGGUGUGGGGCACUGCCGCCAACGACUCCUUCAACAUGAAGCGUCUGAAGGAACUCGGCGUCCACGGACUCAUCUACGACAGAAUGCAAGAACACAAGCAAGUGGGCAGCAUUAGUUUGCUCAAAUCCGCAAAAAUGUCGUCCGUGUCGUUGGCCGACCACCAGCACGAGGACGCGACAGCAGCCGACUCAGACGGCCGGUCAACACCCUCUCCCCCGCCUUUUCCUCCUCAACACGUGGACACGACUGCCGUGGCCAAUUUCGUUGUCGGUGGGUCCGCAGAAACCCCGGGAUCUGGCGCGAGCACCCCCUCACUCACCAACGAAGCCGGCUCGGCAGAUGCACAACCCACGCCCAGUCAGCUGGUUGAUGCUCUGCACAAGAAGCUGAGCCUCACCACACCGGUUUGCGAUGGCAGCAAGCGUCGAGUUACCCUCACCCUCUCCAACUAG